UAUUUCUGGACACACUCGAAAAAUAUCUAAAAUUACUCUGGCGCUUUCAUGCUUCUCUCCCAGAAGCUGAGCCUAGAGCCUCCUGUAUGUGGCUGUCUUACACAGUUAUAGGAACCCAAAUGACCAGUCAGUAAAGAGACUGAUAGAAUGGAGGAAUCUGAAGGUGACAUACCAGAUGAGGGUGACUCAUCUAUAGGUAAAGCAGCAGAACAGCUCCAGUCUAUACCAGAGGACAAUGAACCAGAGCAGGAGGGCUUGACUAUUUAUCACACUGAUUUGUAUGAUUCACAGGGAAGAUUAGGAAUCUUUUCUGAAAAAUUAAAGGAUGAACAAGAAGAGGAACCACAUGAAUCAGCCAAUGAAACACAGUCUCCUGAUUCAGAUCAGGUACUCUCAGAUUUACAAAAAGAAGUUGAUGAAAUGACAAAGGUAUAUGGAUUGUCUGAAGAUAAAGAUUCAGAGGUGUUUUCAUUUUUAACAACACAAUCAUUGCAACACACCCCUAGAAAUCAAAAAGAUACAGACACAGAGAAAACCUUGCAAUUUCCAAAACAAGAUACAAUUAUUAAAUCUAUGGAACAGAACAAUUCUGAAAGAGACAAACAAGUUACUGAACCCAAAAAAGUAAGUGAUCUUACAACUAAAGGUGGCCAUUCUGAGCAUGUGGACAAACAACCACAGAAUAAAAGAAAACAGGAAGUCCAACAUUCCAAACAAUCAGUUGGACACUGUAAAGAUCUAGAAGAAAAUCCAGAGCAGGAAAGAAAACACCUAGAACAAGUUGAAAGUCAUGUACAUAAAGAUAAAUGUACAGAACACACAGAGGUUCAACAAGAAAACAUAGGACAACUUGAUACCAUUGGAGAUGCAAUAUCAAAUGCUAGUAAAACAGAAGCUAGAGAUGAGUCACACAUAGAUUCCAAUAAUCAGGGAAAUGAGGAGAUUGAGGAAGCACCAGACAUUUUCUGUCUUUCAUGCAAAACUCCUAUCAGAGCCUUUGAAAAGCUAUUUGGCAUACACAAAGAUCAUGACGUCAAACAACUCACUGCUGCUGUAGAAGACAUCAAGGAAGACAUACACAAAAACAUGUGCAAGCUGGAGGAGCAGAUUGCACAGAUGGACAAUUUUGCUAGUCACCUGGAAGAGAUAUUUAUCACAGUAGAGGAGAACUUUGGGAGACAAGAGCAGAACAUUGAGAUGCAUUACACAGAAGUGAUGGACACAAUCGCGUCCACACAUGAAGAAAAACUACAGGCUCUCGGAGAGGAAAAGAAACUGAAACUGGAAUCAUUAUUUGAGCAAUUAGUUGAUUGUGGGAAAAGUCUUGACACCUCUAAAGAUCUGAUGGAGAAAAUACAGGAGUUAUUUAAAGGGAAGGACAAAGUGAAAUUCGUGAAAACUGCACUUGAAACAACCAGUAGGCUGCAUGAAUACUUCAACACUGACAUCAAUUUAAAUAUUUCAACAAAAGCAGAUUUUGAAAACAAUAGUUUAGACUUCUCUGAUGUGGAACAGCUUUUGGAUUCCAUCAAUACUCUCCCAGUUCCCUCAGCUCCUGUAAUCAAUCCUCAGGCACCUAACUCUGCCACAGUGACAUCUCUGCGUGUUUGCUGGAGCCUGUUUUCGGAUGACACAGUUGAGCGUUACCGCCUGUACUACAAACCAGUCUCUGAUGUAACUCCGGGAGAGGACCAGGAAGAAUUUCUAAUAAAAUCCAAAGAAACCUAUUGCACAGUUAAAAACCUGACGCCAAAUACACAGUAUGAGUUCUGGGUUAUUGCAAUAAAUGCCAGUGGUGAGAGUCCUGCAAGUGAAAGUGCGGUGUACGUGACAGCACCAGCUCCUCCCAUCAUUAAAACCAGGGAAUGUAUGAGUUGUGAGAACGCAGCUUUAAUUUGCUGGGAAUCUGGGAACAUUAACCCUGUUGACUCGUACACAGUGGAAAUAUACAAUGUGACAAAUGAAGCCCAGGACAGUUCUAUAUCAGAGUCUAUUGUUGGAAUUCCUAUCUGUGAAUCUCUCAUCCAGCUGAAGCAAAGGGAGACAUAUCACAUCAGCGUCAGAGCCGUGAAUGUGGGUGGGCCCAGCGAGAGAAGCAAAUCUGUUCCCAUUCACACCACAGGUACAUCAUUUUAUCUUAAUGAAGAAACUGCUCACCCACGCCUGUCUAUUUCUGAAAAUGGAUUUACCAUAUCUUGUGAAGAGGAGGAAAGUCUAGAGGAUUUACCUUAUCAUUGCAACAACUUCUCAAGAUGCAUCGCUGUCCUAGGAAAUCUCAUACCCUUCAAAGGGAAGCAUUACUGGGAGGUAGAGGUGGAUGAAAGCACAGAGUACAGGGUUGGAGUUGCCUAUGAAGACACCAACAGAAGCGGAGUUCUUGGUGCUAACAACACUUCCUGGUGUCUGCGACAUAUCUGUACACCUAAAAGGCACAAAUAUGAGUUUUUGCAUUGCGGAGUGUCUCCAGAUAUUCGGAUAACCAUACCGCCAUUGAGGAUUGGAAUUUUGCUCGAUUAUGAUUGUGAAAGAAUUUCUUUUUUCAACAUGAACAUUCAUCAGCACCUCUACACAUUUGAAUGUCAUUUUCGGCAUUUAGUGCAUCCAUGUUUUGCUCUGGAGAAACCAGGAUAUUUAAAGAUACAUAAUGGUAUUCCAUUACCUCAAACACUAAUUUCGUCCUAAAAAUGCGAUUCACAUUAACCUAAAACACUGUACGAUUGUGUACGUACAAUAAUGAGGAGAUGGCGGUUGUUGUGGGAAGUCCUCUCCGUCUGUCUGGAUCUGAGCACCAAGUGACCAGACUACUGUGAUAAUAAAUGAAAGCAUUGAUUUAGGGCCUAAUUCAGACCCUGACGCUGAUGUGCUAAAAUCGAUAUAAAGCUAUUUUUGCACAUCUGCUCAUGCGCAUACGCCGGUACGUGCCUGUACAAGCUCCUAAACUGUGUUGUCUUCGAGACCUGGAGGGGGGCAGGAACAGUGCAUUGACACCGCGUUUUGUGGUCAUUGACGCUCUGUUUAAGUGGCGCAGUCCAGACAACAGAGGCGUGUCCGGACCGUUGCUGGGGCGGGCCGCGGCAGCUGCGUGAUGUCACACACAGCCGCUGCGACCCUUAACAUGAUGGGUAGCUGUCUGCUUUCGCAGCUAGGCUGCACAGGCAGAGGGCUACACAAAACAUGCAAAAGCAUCGCCAUCGUUUGAUGCGUUCGUGUGACUGCGGGGUGGGGUGGGGGCUGGAUCCGGCAUUCGGAGUGGACUUGCCCUGUGCAGGGUGUCCCCCCCAUAUGUCAAAGAAUUAGUUUGAAGUGAUUCAACUCAAUAGGACGUUUUUGUAUGUAAAGUAGAUUCUAGUGAUGUUUGUUUGUAGGAAUCUGCCUGCAUGGAAAACCGUUAUUUUGUUUGAUGUAAAAAAGCUAAUAAUAGUAACCUCAAUGUGUCACUCAUUGUAAUAAAUCCAAUCAGGAUAUUAGUAAUUUACCACUUUAACGUUUGAAUAACUGUGUUAUACAUGUUACUAGUAACAUUAGCCCCCUGAUACAUGCAUAUAUAGUAAUUCACAGUCACAGUUAAAUAGCCUUGUAAAUUGUUUUUGUCUAAAGGAAAAAAUAAAUGUUAGCAGACAAAGUAGGUCAGAUGUC